UUAUUUUCGGCAUCGGAAGAGGAUGGUGCGCCCAGCCUUGGCCGCCGGCCUCGCGGCCCUCGAGACGACCAAGUCGAGCGACGCGCUCCUCCAGGCCUUCUACGCCGACUGCAACGGCGAAGACGAUACGAUGGGCGAGUGGGUCGAGUGGCUCGAGACGCUCUCGACAGCGCAGCUUGUUGCGCUGUGCAGUAGCCUCCCGGCCGCGACGGCUGUGGACCUCUGGACGAUCGCGUCGUUCACGUCGCUGCUGUACGAGCACCGCGAGGCGUGCAAGCUCGCGACGCGCGUGCUGGACCGGCUUGCGAUCGUCAUCGCCGACCUGCACGACCAGCUGCUCCAGACGUCCUGCGCCGACACGCAGGACGUGAUUGCCAAGCUCUGCGAAGCGUACUGGGCGGCGACGCCGUCGGGCGCCGAGCGCGUCAUCACGCAGCUCCUGCCAUAUCUUUUGGUCCGUGCGCUCGAGAGCGAAGCGGCCCAGAGCGUUGGCUUCAUCAAGCGCCUCAGCGCCGUUCAGGACGCAUUGCAGCUCCUCGACUUUGAUGACGACAGCUCUCGGCUCUUGAAGGACCUCUUGCUCCGCUGCUUUGUCACUACGUCGUUUCUCAAGUCGUCCGAAGGCGUUGCCUUCCUCAGCGACCUCUUCCAGAUCGACGCGAGCUUUGUCCACGAGAUCCACGAGACAAUGCACAACCAGCUGCCCGACCAACGCAAGGCCGUAGUCCAGCGCUUUGGCCUGGUCUACUACCAUGCAUGGCUCACGGCAGCCGCGCAGCCAUCGUCGCCGGUCCUCGUGCAUAUCGAAGACGACUGCAUCCAGGCUUUUCUCCAAGCCGCGACCUUUGCGGCGUCCACAAGUCAUUUCAACGCGCUCCGAGCACUCCUCCAGCCUUUUUUCGAACACAAGCGCCACACGGACGAGAUGCUCUACCGACUCUCCGAGCCCAUCUUGUGGCGGGCACUCCACGCCGCCAACGAUGUCGUGCGCCACCAUGCAGCCGUCCUCUUGUUCGACGGGUUCCCGUACCAAGACCCGAAUUUUCUCAAAGUCGAGCUCGACGCGUGUCUGCAGCGGCAGUUUGACGCAUUUGCCAUGCUGCUCGAAGACGCAGCGCCCAGCGUCCGCAUCGUUGCGAUUCACGGUAUCUGCAAGGUGCUCUCUAUGUACUGGGAACUCUUGCCGGUCGACACGAUUCGCAAGUGCCUUCUCAAAUGCUUUGAGCUUUCUCAAGAUACGACGUCGGCCGCCGUCCGCGUCGCUGUCGUUGAGGGUCUCCUUGUCGUGCUCGAGAACCAUCUGAGUCACCAUGUUCUCAAGCCACUCUUACCACAGUUGGCGCCGUUGAUGCACGACACGAACGAGAAGGUCCGCGCCGCCAUGGCCCGGCUCCUGGUCCGCGUCAAGAGCAUUCGCGGUCUCCAUUUCUACGACGUUGUGUCUCUCGAGCACUGUUUCAAGCGCUUGGAGCUCGACAAGACCCGCCACAGUGUCGCCAAGCCGCUCACCGAGCUCUUCCUCAACUCGUACUUUCCUCAAGGCGUGCCCGGGUCGUCCCAAGUCGCCCGCGCGCUCUCGCUCAUCGAGAAGCACCCGCACGCGAGCCUCGUGUUCUACAAGAACGUACACCACUUUGCAUCGAUUGGGUCGGUGUGCAAGCUGGUCGUGCUCCUCUUCAAGUGCUUGGGCGAAGCGUCGAUGGCCGAGCUUGCACCAUUGCUCUGCGACGUCAUGAAGACGCUGCUCGAGAGCGUCGCGGGUCCGCUCUACCACGAUCCGCGGUACACAGAAUGCGUCGCCUUUCUUACAGCCGAGAUGAGAUCGGCCGACAUUGCGGCUGUGUUUGAGACUAACGACACCAAAGUGACAGCGCGCCUCUGGCAUGUGAUUGCGGUGCUCCCGACCACGCUGCAAAGUGACUUGCUCUACCAAGCGCUGACGCAGCUCGAAGGGCUCACAGAGACGUCGUCGCGCACGUAUCUGGCAGGGAUUCUCCACAGUCUGCAGCACUGGGGACAACUGCCGACGUUUCUCGAUACGCUGGUCGAGUCGAUGCAGUCGCAAGCCGAGAUCAUGGACCCGGUCCUCGUGCUCGCGUGUCUGGAUGUGAUUUUCUGCAGCGAUGCGACGCUUGGCGCGUGGGUGCUGGAUGCGAGUCUUGUCCACAUUGUUCAGCAGCUCACGGAGACGCUCGAGCGGCUCUGGGAGAGCUUCGAGUCGUCGGUGCUGCCGCGUCUCUGUCGCGUGCUUGUCGCUGUGCAGCUCCAGCUUGCUGUGCCCAACGCCAAGGACCUCGUUGCCGAGUACAAGAAGGUGGCGCCGCUCGGCGAAGACGCCGUCGUGUUCCCGUAUCUGGACGUCGAGCCGCCGCGCGUUUUGCUCACGAUUUUGGACCAGGCGCUGCCCCGUGGACAUGGCAAGCGCAAGCGGCUUACGGGCGACGACCAGCUUGUGACGCAGCUACUGCCGCUGGUGCUGGACCUGAGCUGGGUGUGUGCCUCGCAGCUCUUUUUGCCGUCGGCCAAAGCGUUCCUGGACAAGGUCACGACGCUGGCGCUGCAGCACACGGCUUUGGCGACGCAGCUGCUCCACGUGCUCUGGACAAGCCCGUGCGUUGCCCGUGACACUGCAAGCGUUGCGUGGAUCGAGGAAGCGACGAUGCAUCUGCUGCCGGUCGUCCUCCACGCGUCCGACGCGCUUUGGCUCUUGGAGCGGGUUCAUCGCUCGUCGGGCAACCGGCGGCGCACGUUUUGGCCGCUCGUUCUAAACGCCAUGGACGAGAGUGCGCGCGAGGUGCUCCGGACGCACUGGCCGUCGAGCGCCGACGGCGUGUGGAAGCCGCUGCUGGAUGCGGCGAUCGAGGCCGCGGCGCUCGACCAGGAUGUCGACGCGCUCACGUCCCUUCUAGAGACCGUGCCGGCGGUCUCGGAGCUCGCGGCGUCGUGGCUGGCGCGGCAGUCGACUGCGCACCUCGACUUGCUGCCCGAUACCGUGCGUGUGCUCUUGCAGCGUGCGUGCUAAGCAAUACAAGAUGAAUUGAGUUGAGUGUCAUCGCAGAAGGACGGCUGCCAACUCUUCUCAACGAGCGUCAAAUCAAACCAACAUGAAAAGGCGUGGAAUCAUACAAGUCAAUGGCAAUUCUGGCUUACGCAGUGGCU